GCGGUGCGGUCACCCUGUAUUGUGUUUAGGCAACUUUUGUUAGAAAUGUCAACAGAAGUUGAAACUUCGACUGCGUCUGAUAAAUUCUCGGCCAAUGCCGAAGAACUAGAAAGCUACUAUUUAAUGCUCGAAGCGGGCAACAUACCAGAACUCCAGUGGCAAUUCCCGGGCCGUCGUCCACCGUCGCCAGAUGCCAGCGCCGGCGUCAACAACAAAGAGCUGGAAGCAGCCACCGAAGCUGUUGAACAAGAGCCACAGAAGGCAAACGACUUUGAUUUCAGUGACGAUGUGGCGCCAACUCAAAUGCGUGUGCGCAGCCAGACUUCGACACCGAAAUCGGCGAAGAAGAAGACUGCCAACUUUGCCGGUGUUCUAGAGACCCUAAAGAAGAAGAAGACGGAGGGUUCCUAGCACACAAUUAAUCCAUAUAGCAUGCAGUUUAACUAGAUCCAAAAAGGAACUGGAAUUUCAAAAGAGACACAUUCAUUAGGACACUAGACAUAAUUGUCUGUUUAUUAUUUUUUUUAUUUAUAUCAUAGUUAACAGUGCUAAUUAAUUUAAGCUCGUUUAAAAUUCUUAAUUUCAAUUGAAUCUUUUCCCGGCAAUCUAUCGUAUUUUUAAAUCUUUUCCACAUCAUAUAUUUUCAUCCCCUUAGAAUAACGAAUUUUUUGUAAAUAAUUAUAUUUAAGUAGUCUAUUUUUAACAUACAUACAAUAGUGUAUACACAAUAUAUUUAUGCAUUAU